UUCCAGUCGGAUUAUUGGGUCUUCCAGUCGGGUAGUUUCCGCGGGCAGGAGUCGUCCCAUAUAGAUUUUAAACGUUCCCCGGGUAUAACAAAAUGGGUGGGGCGAAAUUGUUUUUUACCGUCUUCUACUCGACAGUAUUAAUUGUUUCACUCGUUGGGACAACUCUCGCCCUUGAAAACUUGAGUAUGACCCAAGCAGAGAAAGAAAAAUUGGAUCAGUUUAAAGAGGCCGUUUCGAAGACUACCUUUCCGGCUGAGUGGAUGCAACAGGAGUUGACUUUCGUUAGGUAUCUAAGAGCUCGAGAUUGGGACGUUCGGCGGGCUAAGAGUAUGCUGCUUGAGACGGUUGCCUGGUGGGAGGAGAACAACAUGAAAGACAUUCAUAACGAGGACUGGUCAAAUAUUGAGAAAGACUUUCCCCUCCACACGGAUGGCGUCGAUAAGCUUGGACAACCGGUAAUGGUCCUUACCUUCGCGGAGUGGGAACUUCGCCAGGCAGCAGUCCAGGGCAGGAUGGACCACGUGAUCCGCUGGUUUAUCAAAGGAUUCGAUGACGUUCACUUGAAAUCCUUCGAAUAUCACAAACGCGGCAAGACGAACGGAACCCAGUGGAAUUUAAUCGCGGAUAUGGAUAAGCUCUCUCGUCAGCAGCACCUUUGCAUCCAAUGUCUCCGUUUUUAUACGGAACUUGCCAUCACAUUUGAAUCUCGUUAUCCGGGUGCGAUUGACAAGAUAUUCGUUGUGAAUGCCCCUUCAAUAUUCCGAGUCAUUCUCGGUUUGAUUAACCCCAUCCUGUCGAAAAGUACUCUGAAUGCUAUGCAAGUGCUCGGAACGAAUAAGGAGGAAUGGGGCCGAGCAAUCUACCCUCACUUUGCAAAAGACCAACUUCCAGAAAAUUUGGGAGGGAGGAGAAAUUAUUCUCUAGUUUGGAACGAAAUAUCGUGAAGUUCGUUUACAUAUUAAACGUAUAAAAUCAGUUUACAUACUGAUUUACAACUAUAUUAAAAUAAAUUAGGCAAAAAAAUUGUUUACGAAAUCCGAUAAAAAAGCACUCAAAUAAACAUUCGUUGAACGAUUUUGAUAACAAAAUGAUGACAAAAUUAGGGAUUAAUAAUAACUUUAACAAUUAAGUACAAACAAGAAUAAAUUGAGUUUAUUAAAAAAAA